UUUCACUGCUUUAUAAUGAUUACAGGAGAUGUUUAUAAGACCAGAGAGCUUACCCCAUUCCUGGAAUGUGUUGACCAGAGUCCCGUGGUGCGAUCUGUGCUACCUAAACUUCUUAUGCAAUACAGUUUGAAACAGGUAAAGAAGCAUAUUCAGAGUUACCUGGAAGACCUAGAGAACAAGCUUCUGGACAAAGAGGACAGAACUGAACUCUACAGACUCUUUGUCAACUGUUUCCAGGAUACACUGUUGUGUUCUGAUUCUAAUGGAGAUCAUAAACAUCUAAGGGAAAACACAAACUUCCUUAGCCGCCUGGCUCGUAAGCAGACUCCUUCCAGACAGAAUGACCCUGCUGAGUUUCUGAUGUCUAUGGCUCGCCUCAGAAUGUGUCUGGACUCUGCUGCCUAUAUCCUGUCUAAAGCUAUCUGCCAAAAAAACAAUUUUGUGGAAGCGGAGUUCAAGUUUAUGGAGCAAGUUAAAGCUGUGUGUGACUACUGUGACAAUGACUGGUACAGAGUUUACCUUCUCCGAGCUCUCAACAGGCAGGCUGGCAUGGAUUUCCUGCAAGCACUGAUCAACAGCACUGAUUAUGAAUGGAUCUUCCCUGCAGAGAUGAUGCGCCUUCAUAGGUUGAUUCCAGCAGAGGUGGAUCGUUUUUUGUGUUGUGGCCAGUCAUACCGUGCUCUUAGAGACGGUGUGGGGGAAUCAACACAGGUGGGGACGACUGAUGGACUGAAAGAAGCUCUACAGGCAUCAGUUGGUUCGAGCCCUUUGAAAAAUGCCCUGCUGACACUAGCUGUGUUCAGGCAGGUCACCUGUCACUUCAUGUCGCCAGAAAGAACUCUACAUCCUCAAGAACAGCAAAUCAGCAUCUUGGAAAAAGUUAUUAGAGACAACAUGUCAGGACAUGCCAGAGAGUUCUGCACUGCUCUCUUAUCCAAUCACAUUGGAGGUCCAGGAUCUAAUCUGCGUCUUGGUACUGGUGUACCUGCUCAGCGACGUCCAGUGCUGGAGCUCCUGGUGCAUGCAUGCACAGUGUUUUAUAGCGGGAACAGACUGAUCAGUCCUCUCUUCAACAUUGCCUCUCAACCUCAAAACAUGACAGGAGCCUUCUUACCCACAAUGCCUGAUGACCAUACCAGUGAGGCCAAACAAUGGCUCUCAGAGAAAAAACUAAAGAUGUACUUUUGUUCUAAUAGUCAUGCAUGCUUUGUUGGAGAGUGUGGCAGACCAAUGGCCAAGUCAAAAUGUGCCACUUGUGGAGUCGAAAUAGGAGGUGAAGGACAUAUACCAGUGCCAGGUUUUACUGAAGCCUAUGGCGACUAUGACAGGACACGACCUGGACAUAUCCUGGGACAAGCCAGAACCAGGUCUGAAGCCCCAAACAGAAAACUCACACUAGCACAGUCUUGUGUUCUCCGUCUGUGUCUUCAUCUGGCUAUGCUGCAAGGGCUUAUUCACUACCAACAGGGCAUCCGAAAUAUGAUCCAUCCAGAAGUUUCUGAUGUCUAUCAGUUCCUCUGGCAACAUCUUGAGAAAGACAUGGAGGUUCUUGGGAAGACUUUAACUCUUAACAUUGAUGACUCUGCCAUUGUAAUUCAUCUGAUCUUCAGCAGGUUUCUUCAGACCACCCCAGUUGCCAAUGUUGAUCUUUCAACACGCAAGUCCAGGGAGCAGUGGGAGAUUACAGUGUGUAAAACUGCUAUCAGUCCUGUCUUGCAGAAUUUGGACCGAGAAUUAAACAAUGCACAGGAUCUGAUUGCAGCAGAUAACAGACUUUCUAACAGUCCCCUGGUGAAGGUGCUGAGAGGAGAUCCUCAAAGAAUGCUUCAACUACCAGCUAACUGUCCCACCGAGCACUCUGCCUUUUGGAGCCCAUCAUCUGUCCUUGCUGUGGAAAGCAUCUCUCAGCAAAUAGACCAGGCUCAAGCACCUCUGCUCACGCUUUUUGUCCAAAAGGUGCAUUAUAUAAGACAGCUGGACUGUUUGCCUGCUCUUGCUGCCCUUUUGUCUGAUUUAAUAAAAGUGCUUCCUCCAGGCUCUGAAACCCAGAACCACACCAUCGCCUCACUGCUGCACUGUAUUCCUGCAGGCCACCAGAAGAAACUAAUGUCAGAAAGAGUCGAGAUAUACAUGAAAGUGUGGAACCAACUCAGAAUGGAAAUAUCUAGUAACGCUUCUUUGGGUUUGGAUUCUACACAUUGUGAAAAAGACAUAACCAGCGAAAGCUCUGGCCAGUUUCUUUUCCCAAGCCGUAAAGGAGCAGGUUCAUGUCUCCAUGCAGUCAUAGAUGUCCUCUCUGAGACCCACAACAGUCUUGUGCGGGAAGCCAGAAAACUCUGUCAGCAGACAGACAGUGACUAUAAAGUGCCAUUGGCUGUUCUGUCUAAGAGCCAGCUUGCCCUGUGCCACCCAGAGAGAGAGUUUCUCCCUCUGGUGUUAGCAAACUGCCAUUACACAUUAGAGAAGGGUCAGCAGACAGUGAGCUCUUAUGAUCAUCAGGGUAUCGAGAGAGAGCUCAGCAGACGAUUCUUUGCAGGCAAACCACGGAUUCAAACAGACACAGAAAAAUAUCUGAGAAGACACCAUCAGAAUUUUACAGAAGUCCUCAACGAGGUCAGAGCCAAAAUACCCCAGGAAAUGUUCUGGAAUCCAAAGCAAAUACACCAGGCAUUCAGUACCAAUUACCACAGCACAAACAGACAUAAGGGCCUUUCACGCUUUUACCCAGAUCAACCACUUUCAAUCACAACAGUACCAGAUCUAGUCAUUCCCCGGAGACCUGUGGGCUUUCAGACCCAAGAGAGGCACACUUUGACCCCUCCAGGCUCCCAUCUCACAGCACUGAACAGUCUUCCUGCUUUCUCUUUCUGUGCUCCACCAAUCAGCAUCAGGUCCACCAUGGAGCUUCAUUUGGAGGAGAAGGACAUCACUUCUUUUCCAGGUCUAGACAGUCUUCCGGAGGAACUUACUUGGGCUAAAGCUGCGGAAAUCUGGAGGCUUGCAGUGCAGUUCAAACACUGA